AUGCUUAACGGGGAGACAAGUUCUUCCUCAGCCAGGAAUGUGGUCCGGAGCUCCAGCAUCAGUGGAGAGAUGUACAACAUUGAGAAGAGUAAUGCAGGCAACCCGGAUUCAGCUAGCCUCUCAUCCAAUAAGAAGCGGCGAUCCAGCCUGGGGGCCAAGAUGGUGGCUAUUGUGGGGCUGUCCCAAUGGAGCAAGAGUACGAUGCAGCUCAACCAUCCUGGUAGGGAGGCUGUCAGGGAUUUUUGUGUGCUGCGAGAUACCAGGGGAGGGAGACUGGAAUCAGCCUUCAUAGACCUGAGAGUUAAGCAGUCUCUAUGUAUGGAGGGCUGAGUAGGGAAGCCUCGGAGGACUCCCCUUAAGUGAAAACACUGCUUUUGAUCGUGCUCAGGGGCAUCAUUUCCUGCCAGAAAGCAGAAAUUUUAUUCAUUUCAGGAAGCAGAAGGAACUCCAAGUCCCAUGCUACGCGAUAAUAAAUGACACUUGUAGAUAUGCUCAAGGACAGCCUUCCCCUUACCUGAUAUCCUCAGGUACUAGCCAAGGCUGAUAGUAAUUGUAGUCCAAAACAUCUGGAAGGCACCAAGUUGAGGAAGGCUGCUCAGCCAAGCCACUGAGUGACUAUAGUUACCAUUUGUUAAAACAGGCCGAUAUGCAUGCCAAAUUGACAAGCCUCUCUGCCUAGAGAAGGAGUUACUCUUUCCUGAUUUAAAAAAGUAACCACAACAAAUGUUCUCGAGAUACAGUUAGGUGCUUGGCAAUUCCCUGAGUGGGGAGAAAUGCCAAGAGAUUUGGAGGCUUAUGUUGUUGCUGUUGUAGUAUCUAAUUUAUUUACAUAUAUACCAGCAGCAGGGAGGCAAACCUGCCCCCUCCGAGGUUGCAAGUUUCAUCUAACUUCCUCCCCCACCAGUGGUAGAGCAUCUGCUUUGCAUGCAGAAGGACUUGAGCUCAAUCCCUGUCACCCCACAGGUAGAGCUAGUAAAUAGUCCUGUCAGUAUAAAUAAUACAGAGCUAGAUAGACCAAUGGCCUGGACUUGGUAUAAGGCCCCUUCCUACAUUCAUAUGAUGCUCCUUGCUGCUUCUUCUUCUGCAGAGUCAAUUAACUCCCCUCUCUCGCUUACAUGCACAUUUUGCCCUUUCUUUUGCCUGUGGAAUAGUUUCUCCUUGCAGAAUUUCAUGCCACUGCUCUCCCCAGCAGAUAGCUUAUGCUUUUUUUUGCUUCGGCUCGGCUGCGGGCAUCAGGGUCAGCUGCUGCUAUCUGGCACCAUGCUUGCUAAGCUGCUGCCUUGUCCUCAGGAGUUAGGAAGGGUUAGCACAUAAUGGACAGCUCACGCUGGCUCAGCCACCUGCCCCUUUUCGUCCCAUCUCUCGCCAGAACAGUGAUCAAAUUAUAAUCAUUUAAUAAGGGGAAAUCCCAUUCCCGUCUGUCCUCUUUCUCUUCUGCCCUCUCUCUUUUUCUUGUAACCUCUAACAUCGGAUGGAAGAAAUCCCCUCCAGUCAUUGUAUAUAAAUCACACAAAAGGGUUCACAGUAGGAUACCGAACAAGCCAAGUGGCUGAGCUACAUCCCUAAGGUUUCGCAGCAUGCCUCCCCAAAGGACUUUGGAGAAAGGCCCUGCCACACCCUCGCAGCUAAAGAAAGUUUCACUCUGUUUUGCAUGCAAUCAGUGUGUUUAUUCCUCUGUUUGAGGGACAGGGAGUCUCUUUCAUUGUAAGUGCCACACUUGCUUCUGGAAACCAGUGGUGGAUGUGGCCAGAGGCAUAAAGGAGAAUAGCAAUUAAUGUAAACUAGCAAGAAGCUAACUUCUACACCCACACCCACACUCAUCUAUGUCUUCCAUCCUAGGACUGGAUAUUUGUGUGGAGGGGCUGUGGGUUCCAUUCAGUUCUUGCCAAAACAAAUUACUGGGUUCAGAAUUAUUUCUGACGCCUGUCUGUCUUCUGCACCAGGCUCUGGUCUUUGGAUCUCAGGGUUCUAGUGAAAAACAAGCCUCUCAUUUCAUAAAACAGUAUCUAUCAGCAGUUAAACACUUUAGAGCAGCCUUCCUCUACCUGGUGCUCUCUGGAUGUUUCGUACAACAGCUCCCAUCAGCUCCAGCUACUAUGGCCUUUUUCACUCUGGCAAGAAUCCUGGAAGUUGGGAGCUGCUCCUCUUCUUACCAUUUGAGUUGAGGACCACCUGAAUGGCUUAAUUAAAAGGGGGAAGGGGUGCCUCCUCCAUCAUCUGUACAGAGGAAUAAAGGAGAAGGGGCUAGGAGUCUGGUGCCCUUGUCAGUUAAUCAAAAUCAUGUGGUGGGGAGGGGCCUGCUUUCCAUGUCAAAGGUGGUCCAUGUCCAGUGCAGUCCCAGGAAACCCAAAGAGCCAUUACUAAUCAGUGUAAUGCUAGCCCGGAAGGAACAAUAAUCUGAGUUGGUAUAUGGCAGCUUCCUAUGUUCCCAUGAGUGGCAAAGGUAACAAUUGAUGUACCUGUGCAAUUUGAAACAGAUACUAGAACUUGUUUUGGUUGGACCAAAGACUGAGGAGAGAUAACAAAGGCAUCACAGAAUGGGUGGGUUUUGAGGGGGAUUUGAAAGAAGAGCCUGUGUGGUAUAGUGGGAAAACUUGGAUUGGAAAGCCUUGUGUUCAAAUUCCUGCUGUUCAAAUUGAAGCUCACUGAAUGAUCUUGGACUCUGUAUCUCAGCCUAUUCUACCUUAAAGAGUUGUUGCUGCAAGAAUGAAAAGGGGGCACUGAACUCCUUAGAGAAGGGGUGUUGUAAAAACACAUGCAACAUAAUUGAGCAGGAGAUCAAAGCAGAGGGGAAUAUGCAUAUUUUGCAAAUAAACAAAAAGGCUUUCAUGCAUUCAGCAAUUGCAUGCAAGUCAUUUUUGUUACCCAAUUGCAUUUUGAAACUUUAGGCUUUGAAUACCUACAAGGCAUGGGACAAUGGGCAGUAUCUUCUGUGACCUGCCCUUCUGCAUUUGGCAUCAUGAAUUUUCAAAAGAGACCACCAAGUGGAACUGCUGAAGGGGUGUGGAAAAUGCUCUUUCAGAAGAAAAGGGGCUUGUCAACUACUACAGCUUCAGGAAAUUUUUAUUUGCCUAAAAUAGAUAUUUGGGGGAAAGCCUGAAAAAUAAUAAUAUGAAGAGCCCAUUAUAAUCUUGGCAGUUUUUCAACGUCGUCCCUUUGCAUUAUUAUAGUUCUGGUAUUUGCUGGCAUUUCAUGGUUCAGCUGUGAUUUGAAAAGAAGGAGUUUAUUUGGAGCUUUUUAAGACUUGCACAUCUGAGAUGUAUCCAAAGGGUUGUAAUUAUCCGCAGAAAGGCUAAGAAAAGAAAGAGCAAAAAUAAAUAAGUUAAAAUGGUGAAGAACAUAGCUCAGUAAUGUGGAACCCCAAAGCAACAUUCUCAAAUUCUACUGAACAUGAAGAAAUACUGCCAGUUUAGCUGGAGAAAAGGUGAGGCAUAGGAAUUUUAGAUAUGAACAAAAAAUUCCAGUGCUCAUUGCCCACAUGGAACAAGGAGCAGAGACACCAACCCAGGUUCACCUUUGGUGGAGUGAAUCAAACUUUCCCAAACUGGUGCCAUCCAGUUGUUUUAGCCUCUAGCCAUGCUGGCUGAGGCUGAUUGGAGAUGGGGUCCAGGACAGCUGGAGGGGACCAAGCUGGGAAAAGGCCUCUUUCCCACAAAUGACUAUUGUGCAGCAGGGGAAAUUAUUUGUCAAACCACAAAUAUCAGGCAUGGGGCACCUAUGGCCCUCCAGAUGUUUUUUGCCUACAAGUUCCAUCAUUCCUGACUAUUGGUUAUGCUGGCUGGGACUGAUGGGAGUUGGAGUCCACAUGUUGCCCAUGUCUGGUUUAUAUAUUGUCUUUUAGCCUCAAAAGAACCUCCCAGACCAGUUUACAGCUUUAAAAUCACAGUGAAAUUAAACCAGAGCACAUUAAACAUGCCAAUUAAAAGCAAAUCUAAAAAACAAAUAAACCAAGUAUGUGUUAAAAUAAGUCAGAAGCUUGGUGGAAAAAAAUGCUCACCUUUCCACCUAAAAAUCAUUUUUAAAAGUGCCAUUCUAAUGUCCCUUGCAUGUGUGGGAGGAAGGGGUGGCAGUUCUACAGAGAAUGUAGAACGACUAAAACUUGCUUCAUGAACAACCAAAUAUCUCUUGGUGGUAAAACACAGAACACAGCCUCCAAAGGUUUAUGCAGAAUGAGGUGGUCCUUCAAAUACCUGGUCCCUAGGUAAAGGUAAAGGGACCCCUGACCAUUAGGUCCAGUCGUGACUGACUCUGGGGUUGUGGUGCUCAUCUCACUUUACUGGCCGAGGGAGCCGGCGUACAGCUGCCAAGUCAUGUGGCCAGCAUGACUAAGCCGCUUCUGGCAAACCAGAGCAGCGCACGGAAACGCCGUUUACCUUCCUGCCGGAGCGGUACCUAUUUAUCUACUUGCACUUUGAUGUGGUUUCAAACUGCUAGGUUGGCAGAAGCAGGGACCGAGCAACGUGAGCUCACCCUGUUGCAGGGAUUCGAACCGCUGACCUUCUGAUCGGCACGUCCUAGGCUCUGUGGUUUAACCCACAGCGCCACCCGCGUCUCUAGACAUUCCAUUUUUCAAAGGAAAAAAACACCUGCCUACUUUGGUUUUUCAGAAGCAUGAUCUCACAAUAGGUGGGGAUCUCUUUCCAGAUUUUGGAAUGCAAUACUCAUCAAGGGUUGAGCACUAACACCUUCUAGCUCUUGGAAGCGGGGACAGAGAAACAAUUUGAAUGUGGCAGAGAUGAUCACAGUGAUAGAGAGAUUGGGGGAGAUGGGAGAUGAGAAAGAGAAAUAGCACUGAGAGUUUUUGUCUAGAGUUGGCUGAUGAUGAAGCAGCUGUGGGUGUUGUGGCCUUCCCUGGGAAUCUGGCAAAUUUUCUGCCUUCUGGAGAGUAUCUGUUUCCAAUAAGCUCAGCUUGAAUAUUUGUAAUUAAAACAUAUGUUAUAAAAAUGUCAAUAGAUCACUGUCCUAAUCCAUAGGCAAGUGAACUCUGCAGUGAUGCUCCUGAACUUCUUGCUGUUCAGGGAAAUAAGGAACCAAGUGGCAAUAUAUAAAGAUGCCCAAACAUCUCUUCUGACAGAAUGAGUACAGAAUUCUGGCCCAUUAGGCGUUCUCCUGAAUCCAGUGGCUUUGCCAAUAUCCUAGCAGCCACCUAGAAAAGGUCAGAAGCUUAGAGCUGAGCUGAUGUCCCUUGGUGCUCAGUAUUGUAUUAUUACAUCUUUUGUCCCCUGCUCUAGAUGAGCUGCACAGCCUCUGGGGCAAAGAAGUGAGACAUAAUUCAGUUUCUGCUGUGCUUGCAACCCUCCCGUACUCUGAAGCUGCUGAAUUAGCAUGGGCCGAGGGUGCUGGCUGUUUGUAUGGCAUAGGUGCCCACCUACAGGGAACUGGACCAGACAGGAAAGCAGCAGUUUUGAGUUUCUACCCUCUUGAGUGUUGAGCAGAAAAGUAGAAGCAUCUGUGCCUUCCUUUUCCCCUCCCCUGUCAAUCUCAUCCAAUGGGGAGAGGGGUUACAAAUCGGUAACACUUUGCCUUGCUGUCCAUGGUGCUGAACUUUUAUAAGUAGGGAAUGCAUGUCUUCUGAGAUAUAGAGUUGUAAUCAACUAAGUUCUAUUCUGAGUAGACCUGCUGAAAUUAAUGGGUCUAAGUUAGGCAUCUUCAGUUCAUUGAGUCUACUCUGAGUAAGCCUAGCAACAAAUACAAACUAUAGUGCAAGUGUGGGGAACUUUUGACUCUCCAGAUGUUAUUGAACUACAGCUCCCACUAGCCCCAGAAAGCAUGGUCAGUGGUCAGGGAUGUUGGGACUUGUCAUUCAGGAGCAUCCAGAGGGCCAAAGGUUCCCCACACUUGCUGCAAUGUUCUGGAUUUAGCCCAGAAUCUCAAACUGCUCCUGCUCUGUUCACAUACAAGACAUUUUCAGAAAAGUUCAGUUCUGACUCUAUUUAUUCUCCCACCCUGCAAAUCUUGAAUCCAGGUAAACUGCAGCAUGAAGGAAGGGGAAAAAAGAAGCACAGAGGUUCAGCUGUAGAUUAGUGUCAAUGCAAAUUGGGUUAAUUAAUCCUUGCCAUGGAUUUGCCCACACUGUGUUCUGAUCAUGAAGCAAAAUAGAAUGGGGGUGGCAGGACUUUUAUCCUCCAUGACUCAUUAGGAAAUAGCUCUCUUAUGCCAAGUCAGACCAUUGAUCCACCUAGCCUGGUACGGUCUACCCUCUGGACUUUGGGCUAUAACUCCUAUCAUCCCUAGCCAUUGCUCCUGCUGGUUGGGGCUGAUGGGAGCUGUGGUCCAAGACACCUAGAGGGCACCAGAUUUGGGCAGGUUGCUUCAUUCUAACUGGCAACUCAAUCUAGCUGCAGUUCCCUCUCAGGACCAGCAGCACUGGUGGACCAGGUGCUCCUAGUUUGAACCUUACAGUGUUUGCCCCCUCCCCCAUGGCUUAAUCACUUGCUUGAGCAGGAUCCUAACUAGGGUUAGAGGGAGCCUGAGAACAUCAUAAUAGGAAGGGGAUCCUGUCCAGGCACUGAUUGUGUCAUUUGGUUUCCUUACAACACUCACUGGAGAUUUCUUGGCAUUUGGGCUGUUUAAGCCUCAUUUUUUACUCCUGUAUGUCAUGGUCUCGAUUUUGUGGGUGUAUCUGUGAGGUUGAUUUCUCAAUCGAAAGUAGGAAUGGGGUACCUGUAUACUCUUGGGCUCCAACUUCUACCAUCCCCAUCUAGCGUGGCCAAUAGUUGGGAAUGAUGGGAAUUGUAGUUCAGCAACAUUUGCAGGUUUGCAGAUACCCCAUCCCUGAUCUAGGGAGACUUGGCAUGCCAACAUUCCUGGGGAUGUUUCAGCCCCCUGCUGCUGGCAUUCCUUCCGCUGGUGAGCAACUCCUGGAGGGAGGGAGGUGAAUUCAUGAGCAGCUGGUAGUCAGGCCAUGCUCUGUGGGGAUGAAUCACAGUCAACAGGACCAGAGGAACUGCCAUGACAGAUCAGGCCACUGGCCCGUCUCAUUUCCCUUCCCAUGACAGGCUUACGCUUCAGAAGAAACAAAGCAGCCGGCCUCCACGUUCUGCUCCUUCCUCCCACAAUGCUGUUUGCCGUGGUACUGGAUGUGUGUGGGUGGUGGACUCCAGCAGAUUCUCUCCUGACCUUUAAAUCAGUUGACUUAUGUCCUGCAAUGGUCUAGUUUAAAUUCUCCCAGAAAUGCCUCCUGAGUGACUGUAAACCAAAUUGUCUGGUAACCGUGAAUGAGAGAGAUGUAUAAAGAUGGGAAUGAGGGGGCUCUCCAGUCUAGCGCAAAGGUUCACAGAUGCUUGUUAUUAACACAAUCAGUUAUUCUGUUGUAUAAAAGGAAUCCUCUCUAGGUUUCUAAAUAGUUAAGCAUUUGAUGGAGAACAACAGGCUUUUCAUAAUGGGCAUUUUGUACUGCUCCUUGACUAAAGAGCCACAUUAGAAAGUAUCCUAGAAUUAAAGAAUCAUAGAAUUGCAGAGUUGGAAGGGACCCUGAGGGUCAUCUAGCCCAACUCUCUGUUGUGCAGAAAUCUCGACUAAAGCAUCCAAGACAGAUGGCCAUCCAACCUCUGCUUGAAAACCUCCAAGGAAGGAGAGUUCACCACCAUCUUAGGGAAUCUGUUCCACUGUCAAACAGUUCUUACCACCAGAAAGUUCUUCCUGAUGUUUAGCUGGAAUCUCCUUUCUUGUAACUUGAAUUCCUGCUCUUCAGAGCAGGAGAAAACAAGUUUGUUCCAUCUUCCAUGAGACAGCCCUUUAUAUAUUUGAAGAUUGCUAUGAUACCUCCUCAAGGUCUCCUCUUAUCCAGGCUAACCAUACCCAAUUCCCUCUACCAUUCCUCAUAAGGUUUGGUUUCCAGAUCCUUGAUCAUCUUAGUCACCCUUCUCUCCACACAUUCCAGGCUGUCAACAUCCUUCUUAAAUCGUGGCAGCCAGAACUGGACACAGGACUCCAGGUGUGGUCCGACCAAGGCAGAAUAGAGUGGUAUGAUCUGAACACGAUACUUCUCUUGAUGCAGCCAAGAAUAGCAAUAGCUUUUUUUGCUGCUGCAUCACACAUUUUGAGUGAUGCAAGAUAGCUAGGGGAACUAAGGUCAGCUUUGAUUAGCAGAGGCUAACACUUUCCUUCCCCAACCUGGAACCCUCCAGAUGUUUUGGGCUACAAUUUCCAUCAACCUAAGCCAGUACAGUCAGUGGUCAUGGAUUAUUGGAGUAAUUGUCCAAACAUCUGUAGGUUGCGGGUGGCUGGUUGCCAUAUAGGAACAGAUCUGUGUAAAAUUUGCAUAUGCAAAUUAUUUAUAUAGUUGAAAAUUUAGGACCAAUAUAAUUUAAAUGAAAAUCCAGUGAACUGCCCCAUAGUGGGGAAGGCUGUGACCUGGGGGCAUGGUGUGCUUGCUGGCAAUGCACUAACAGUUGAUGCACAGUUUCAAGGUUCCUUCUCUCCUGUCUCUGGUUCUUUAUCUUGAAACAGGACACUUUCAAAUAGAGGACUGUCCUCUUUAGCGCAAGACAGAUGGUCACCCUAAGCCCUGCUCUGGUUCCACUUUGUCCUUUCUUCCAGGCCUGCUCCUCCCAUAAGGGCCUGGCGGUAUGAUUUAUGCCAGACUCUCCCUGGGGAACAGCCUGCUGAAGGAUGCUGGCACAGACAGAUUAGUAUUAGUGAGCAAAAGAGAGAGCAUAAGCCUGCUCUGGGAGGAAGGAAGGUACUGGGGAGGGGGUUGACAAGGAGAGGAAAGGUUGUCAUGGCAACUCUGUGAAUGAUUGUGUGAAGUGCUGAUUAGGACAGAAAUUAGAGGGCCAAAAGGAGCCUGGAUAGUCUUGCUCAGUGGUGCACACAACUUCUUUUGCUUCUGUUCUGAAAAUUAUCCUUAUCUACACCAGCCUCCUUCAUUCCCUCUCUAGGGGCGCCCCGUUUUAAAGCAGGCUGUGCUCCUGCGUCUGUAAGAGAAAUUUAGCAGCUUUGUUUUGCUGUCCAACUGCCCACACCUCAGUCUGUGGCAGCAUGGUCAUGAGUCAACACCAGCUGGUUUCUGAAUCACAUCUGCCUUGGUGUGAGGCAGUCAUGUGGAUGGCCCCUACAUCAGACAACACAGCAUCCAAGCUUUAGAGCCUAAGGUUACCCAGAUGCAAACUGGAAAGCCCUGUUUGCCUUUUAUUUGUUGGCUGGCUUGUUUUAGUAAUUACAUUUGCAUCCCGCCCAGGUGGGAGCCCAGGGUGGCAAACACAAAAGUGGUAAAAUAAAAACAAUUUUAAAAAUGUAAAACAGUCACAUACGCUCAUAGCUAACAAUUUUGAGGUUGCCAGAAAUAGUCUUUCAGCUAAAAGAUAUCUGGGAAAGCAGAAACAGGUUAAAAUUCCAACGGAAAGCCAAUAAUGAGGGAAAGAGACACCUCACCAAAGAGCAUUCUACAAAGGAGCUGCUACCAAGAAGGCCCUGUAAUGGGUCAGUGCCAACUGGGAAGCACCCGGUGGCAGCACCUCCAGCAGGGCCUCCCGUGUUGCUUGUAGGGCCUGAGAUGGUUGGUACUGAGGGGAGGCACUCCUUUAGGUACUUAGGUCUCAAGUCAUUUAGGGUUUUGCAUGUCAGGCCUGAAACCUUGAAUUGGGCCCUUAUAAAGCAGGAGCUGUGUGCUCUUCCACUCCUGCCUCUUCUCCACACCACCCUUCCCUCUGCUUUCCAUCCCUUCCUGCAUCAGGUCAAAGGCUGCUGCAGAUGGAAGUAGAGAAGGACAAAAGAGCUAAGGGGAGAGAUGGACAUAAGACUCCAAACAGGUUCUUUUGUCUCUAGGAUUGUCACCUGACCAGGGAAAAACCAGCCUGCUCUGUUCCUGGGCUUUUAACUGAUGCUUGAUAAACAGUUGAAACUGCUGCUAAAGGUACAAUUUUGGUGGAUAGUUCAGAAGUUGGAAAACUAGUGCCUUGCAUUGUUGGAAUUUGACAUUAAGUUGAAUUUAGCAUCUAGGCCAGGCAGAACAAACCUUUAUCAGUCCAAGGUUCCCUCAUUUGCAACCUCCAAGGGGCCAUGUGCAUGUGGUGGGCAGGGCCAGAGGAAGAAAUGGUCAAAGAAACAGUGAGGAGUGUACAAAGAGUUAUAUUCCAGCCAAACAAAAGUCACCAAGGUCUACAAACACUAGGGCUGCCAUAUCUUGAAGUGCAAAAAAGAGGACAGCCCAAGCCGCUGCCAGCCCGAGCUGGGAAAAGAGGUGCGGGGGCUACCAUACCACUUGUCUCUUUCCCUGGCUUGGGCUGGCAGUGGCCGCAGUGUACAGAGCAGCCUGAGCCCGAGCCGCCGAAGCCCAAUCCCCCCUCCAAAACCCAGACAUUUCAUUUAAAAUGUAAACAUCUGCCUGGAUAUUGGCCCCCCCAAAAGAGGACAUGUUUGGGUUUUGCUGGAUGUAUGGCAACCCUAACAAACACAUCAUUCAGGCAAAUGAGAAGCGGCAUCAUCAUCAUCAUCGUGUUCAAGGACAUUCUAGCCAGCCAAAAACACUCAAGGAAGGCAUGAAGCAGGGCCAGUGAAGUGUGUGGCCUGGGGAGGGAAAUGAGGGUUAGUUAGGGAGGAUGAGGGGGUUGCAUUUGGUCCCCAGGCUUCAGGUUCCCCACUCCUGAUCUAGACCAAAUUGCUAUCUCUGCUAGGUAGGGUUGAAUAGAAUUUUAGUCAAAAACAUAUGGAAGACCCCAGGGUGGAGAAGGUUAGAUGCCGCCUUGCCACCAAAGAUCUGGAGGAGGGAGAUGUAUUUUCAGUAAGAUGGGCUCACCUUCUUCUUUGUUUGGCUCCGAGACACACAGAAGUGCCUGAGUUUGGAGCUGGAAGGGUUUAAAAAUAGCUCUUUUAUUUUGGAUUCUCCAGAGGCCUGGCAGGAGGCUUGUCCGCGUGAGGCUUCAUUGCGCAAUCUGUGACAGCCUCAACGAGUUGCUCUUGAGCCCCCAAAUAUUGUGAGUGGUGCUGGUAGCUCAGUGAGGAGGAGGCUGCUAAUGAGUGGAAAGAAGUACAAUCUCUUGCACAGAGGCAAGCCUUUUCGAUAGGGCUGGGCACGUUUUCUUAGGCUCAGUUCUGAAUUGAGUCACAUAAAAUGAGCUGAUUUGGGAUUUCUUUGGACUGAUCUUGAAUAGCUUGGGUCUAUUCUGGAAGUGAGAGCUGGACCAUCAAGAAGGCUGAUCGCAGAAGAAUUGAUGCUUUUGAAUUAUGGUGCUGGAGGAGACUCUUGAGAGUCCCAUGGACUGCAAGAAGAUCAAACGUAUCCAUUCUUAAGGAAAUCAGCCCUGAGUGCUCACUGGAAGGACAGAUCGUGAAGUUGAGGCUCCAAUACUUUGGCCACCUCAUGAGAAGAGAAGACUCCCUGGAAAAGACCCUGAUGUUGGGAAAGAUGGAGGGCACAAGGAGAAGGGGACGACAGAGGACGAGAUGGUUGGACAGUGUUCUCAAAGCUACAAAAAUGAGCCUGACCAAACUGCGGGAGGCAGUAGAAGACAGGAGUGCCUGGCGUGCUCUGGUCCAUGGGGUCACGAAGAGUCGGAAACGACUAAACGACUAAACAACAACAACAAUUCUGGAGACUAGGACAUGGGUGGUGAUGUGGGUUAAACCACUGAGCCUAGGGCUUGCCAAUCAGAAGGUCGGCGGUUCGAAUUCCCAUGACAGGGUGAGCUCCCAUUGCUUGGUCCCUGCUCCUGCCAACCUAGCAGUUCGAAAGCACGUCAAAGUGCAAGUAGAUAAAUAGGUAUCGCUCCGGCAGGAAGGUAAACGGCAUUUCCGUGCACUGCUCUGGUUCUCCAGAAGUGGCUUAAUCAUGCUGGCCACAUGACCCAGAAGCUGUACGCCGGCUCCCUCGGCCAAUAAAGCGAGGUGAGCUCCGCAACCCCAGAGUCGGCCACGACUGGACCUAAUGGUCAGGGGUCACUUUUCCCUUUAUUCUGGAGACUCCUAAGUAUUGUCACACUCCUGAUGAUAUCAUUGCAGAUAUGACCAGCUCUGGAGACCUUUUCACCUCCACCACCCAAAUCCAUGGCUAUAUCUGGGUGGCACAGCACAUGCUUUGCUCGCAGAAAGUCUUGGGCUCAAUCCCCAGCAUCCCUGGGGUGGGCUGAGAAAAAUGCUUUCUGAAACGGGGGAGAGCCACUGACACUCAGUCAGCAUAGAAAACACCAAGCAAGAUGGCGUAUUGGUCUUGCUUAGUAUAAGGCUUUAGGUUCCUUUACAACCCCUCUCUUUCCAUUGUCCCUGUUUCUCAGAAAUGAUACGGAGUGCUGCUCUGGCAGUGGCACCACUGUGAGUACAAAGGGCUCCUGGAUCCUGUGUAGUCUUUAGUAGCCUUAUCCUCCAUGAAUUUGUUUAAUACUUUUAUGCAAUCGUAAUACAAGUUGUUGGCCAUCGCUACAUCCUAUGGGAGAGAACUACACAGUUUAACUAUGUGCUGUAAGAAGAAGAAAAUAUACCUCUUAGCCUGUCCUGAAUCUUCCAAUGCUCAGCUUUCUUGCAUGGCCCCAGCUGAGUUCUAGCAUAAUGAGACUGUGCACGUGCAGGAUCUUGUUUUUCAUUCUGAGCCAGCAAAGAAUUUGGAGGACAAACGCCGCUCACUUCAUCAUACAUCCAAGCAUUUUGAGCUUGCUCCAGAGGGCAAUGUUAAGUAUUUCAUCACUGAAAGAUCAACUGAGCACAUUAAAGGCCUUUUGAACAUUUAAAAAAAAUAUAUAUAUAUUGGUUGUGAAUAAUUUAUCAAAGGGCCAGGGACUGGCAAUGCAGGGAUCAGAAAUCUGUUGUAGGGAGUGCGCAAUGUGAAUCUGCUUUGCUCUCAUCUGCUUUCAAGUAUUCACAAGCGAUGCCACCCUUGAUUCUCCCCUUCCAGAGCCUGGGGGUCUGCAAGUCAGGGACUGUUUCUAAGUGGUUAAUCUUGUCCGCUCUACUGUCCCUAUCUGAGGGAAAGGUCAGUUGUAAAGGGCAGGUAAACAGCAUAGCUGAAGCACAAAGCGGAGUCUUGCUUUGGUGAGCUAUCAGGAGGGAAAAUUCACUUUCUUGUAACUCUCUGAGAAUUACAGCUUGGGCACAGGGGAUGGGGGUGGGGAACACACUAAUGGAGACAGAUUUGCUCCCCCCAGGUUAAUUGCUGUGGAUUCUGAGGUUGGUUAGCUGUCUGAUUUCAGUUGUGGUUGUGCAGUAGAGUUAACAACUUUUUUGUUUUAACUUAGGACAUAGUGCCACAUUUUGGAAAUUCUCUCCAGAUGUCAAUUCUGCCUUUGAAAUCCCAGUGAUGUCCGAACAUAUGGCAGCCCUAUUUUAACUAUACCCCACCCUUGUACAUUUAGCAGUACAUUUAGCAGUAGAUGAAUUGGAGGUGUUUCCAUCUCUGUUCUGAAAAGCAUCACUUGCUAAUACCUAAAGCACAAGCACAGAGCAGGUGCUCCCCUCUCCCCACUAUGGUGGUGCAGAACAUGAACUGCGAACCAGGAAAUCCCUGAGUGAAUAUUAACCUCAGGAAUGAAUUCACUUGCUAGCCUUAGGCAUGAUACUGUCCCACACUUGUGUAACUAGCCUCUCACCCACCAAGAUGAAGGCAGCCCACAGGGGGAUCAACAUUUUUGCUCCCUCCUUGGGACCAUGGACUCCCUCCCUCCACAGACCAUGGAGUUGUGAGCGAGUUGUGCUGGUGGGCUGUGUACAACUCGGUGGUCACCGAUUCUGCAAACCUGCCCCAUUUUCUCAGCCUUAGUUUACCAUGCCUCAGUCUGCAACGUGGGAUGGGGGAUAUGAUCAUGCUAAAAUAUAAACAGAUUGUCAAAAUCUGUAUAUAAACUGACAGGUGAUGGAAAAGGAAAUGUCUAACUUAGUGUGUUAGACAUUCUGUUACAGUAUACAAAACUAUACUAUAACACAUAUUCAUUUUAUACCAGUUUAGUGGUUUCCCCCAGAUAAUUCUGGGAGUUGUCAUUUGAUGAGAAUUCUUUGUUGUUUAGCUCCCCCCACCAGACUUUCCCUGUUGGGGGGUGGGGGGCGGGUGUUAAUAAGCAUUAACUAGGUUUAAGUCUGUAUUGGAUGUUAAUGAUGUUGUAAUUUUCAAAUGGAGAGGCGGGGUAUAAAUGUUUAAUUAAUAAAUAACAUUGUGGCGUAGAUACAUCCAAAGAGCAAUCCUCAAUAAUUUAAUGGACCUUAAGGUGUCUUGAAACCAAUAAUAACCCAAGCAUGGGCACUUUUAAAGUCUCUGAAAUCUACUGCCCCUCCCCCCAAGUAUAAUGAUUUCUUUCUUUCAGAUGGUGGGCCAAAAAAGCUUCGUAGUAACAUCCGCAGGAGUACGGAGACUGGCAUUGCUGUGGAGAUGAGGAACAGGGUCACCCGACAAGGCAGUCGGGAAUCAACUGAUGGAAGCACCAAUAGUAACAGCUCCGAUGGCACGUAAGGCCCAGUGGCAGUGAAGGCCACUUUUCCAUAUAGGGCAGAUGUCCCACAUCUUUUUGUAAAUGGCUUUCAGGUUUUACAGUCAAGCGGUAUAUAAAUUUUAUGAAAUAAAAUAAACAUAAAUAAGCAUAAGCACAGGAGAGACAUAUUAUACAGUUGUUUCCCAGUGGUUUGGUUUUUUCUUUUAGUGAUCUGCUGUUGGUGGCUCAUAAAUGGGAAAAAGGCACAAGAGGAACAGGAAGCAUGAUGCCCUGGUGCUUCCUGUUCCCUCACUCCUCUGCAUUAUCAAAAACACAUUCAUCAACAGAAGCUUCUGCAAGAAAAGUGAAUGAAACAUGAGAUAGUUGGCCUGUCUUUUCUUGCUUUGCUUCACCAUCAUGUCUGAAACCACCCUGUGGCAUGAGGAAGGAAUGAAUGAAGGGGCAAAUGAAGAAGUGACUCACAUGCCUUACCCUGCCAGGCUUUAUCUGAAGGCAGGGGGUGCAUUUCUUCUGAGGGAGAUAUGAACGUACUCUGUCCUCACACAGGAAACCCCUUUGUUCCUCAUGGAAAAGAUGUGCAUUUUCCAGACCUAGUGUUAAAGGUUGACAUCGUUGAGGGCCCAAACCCAUUGACAAGAACCCUCUUAGCCAGCUCCUCCUCUUUCCCAUCACAACCUGCUUGUUCGCCCAACUCUCAGGCAGGAUGAGCAGGUAAAGAAUCAUGGUGGGGAGAUGGAAGCAGAAUUGCUGCCACAGCCUGCUUGGCUCUGUCUGUCAACCAGUCAGGUGGUAGCACUGAUGAGGCAGGGGAGCAGUAGCUGCUGGCAGCAGAGGUAGUGAGGGGAGUAGGUCUGCUGAGAGAGGGGGUCCCAUUGAUGGUCUGCCAAAACCUGGGGCUGGCACUGCAUCUUUUCCAUUAGACAAAGGGAUGCAGGGAUAACAGUGAAUCUCGUUUCUGCAUCUUCUCUCUUUUCACCUCUCAAAUGUCCAGUGUAGCACCUGCUCACUGUAUUUCCACACUGCCAUUUCUCUCCCCUCACUACCUAACUCUCUUGUCCUUUCCUUCAGGUUUAUUUUCCCCACAACUAGGCUGGGAGCUGAAAGCCAGUUCAGCGACUUCCUAGAUGGGCUGGGGCCAGCACAAAUCGUAGGACGGCAGACACUUGCUACUCCGCCAAUGGGUGAGCAAACCAGUUCUAGGCACUCAGUGCUACAAGGUCACCUGAACACCGACCUCCUUUGGAUUUUGUGCAGUUAACACGCUAUCAAAGUCGUCUUUCGUUGAGCAGGCAUGGCACAGGGGUGGAUUCCUGCUGAGCUUCUCUCAGACUGACCAGAAUGGUGCUGUUCCUCUAGCCCAUUGUUGAGUUUUGAUGUGGGAAUCACAGGUUCAAAUCUUCACAGAGCUCUGAAGCUCUCCAGAUAGCUUAAACAGGGGUGGCAAAUGCUUGGCCUGUCUGAUGUUGCUGGUCUCCAGCUCCCACCAGCAACAUGGCUGACGGGGAUGAUAGGAAUUGUAGUCCAGCAACAACUGGAGGGUCAGAAGUCCCCACCCCUGCUUUAAGUGGUUCUUAUUAGAAACAAUCAAAGAAGGCCAUGAAAGUGGGCCAAAAAGGAGCCAUAAAUCCCCUUUUCAUUGUUGUUAAGAGGGGAUCUGUGAUCGCCUUGUGUUGAUAACCUUGCUAUUAUGGGGUAUAACAAAAUGCUCUAUAAAUACACCUGUUGUUUUGCAAUUCAGGUGUGAACCUUGAAUCUUUUCACUCCAGUACUUAAUUUUGAAAAUGAAGGUUUUCUGAGAGAUUCAACCAUCACUGCUUGAAAGCCUGCGUUUUAAAAUUCCUCUCGUCUUUUUAUAUGAGACUAGGAUGUGGUUGUUAAGCAGUGAGGAAAAGUCUAUUUGCACAUGUUCAGAGGUACUUCUACAUCCUUUUUUCUCGUGUUCCAAGCCUGAGCUCUGGCUCAGAACAAGGACCACUUCCCCCAAUGCUGUUCUGUUCAAGAUCCUGUUCUCACUUCCUAUCAGCUCCAUGUGCCACUGUUACAAAAAUUCCUUUGAGCAUACUGUUCAAGAUAAAGCAACUGUGAAAAUGCACUGUUGGCACAACAGUCGUUUUCUUAAAAGGAGAGCUCCUUUUGUUUUUCUGUUUCUUGUGCUGCUUUUAUCUUUUUUAUUUUCUUUCUGUGCUGCUUUUUUUUAUUUUAUUCCAAUUUGCCUUUUCAGCCUGAAAACCGUGCCCUCUAGUGGUAAGAUCUGAGAUAACAGAUGGCUCAUUCUCUUCUACAAAUAAGACAUAUCAUAAAGGAGUCGUCUCUCUUUUUGCACUCCUAGCAAUGGAGAACCCAGUUUCUUUUUUGCCCUCUGCUGGUUAAAAACAGGAAUGAUGGGCUUAGACAACUAUCCUAGGGCUGUAUUCACAUGAACAGGCAAGACAAUGUUGCUUUGUGCUGUUCACACAUUACAUGUGGGAUAAGCAAGGCUUUUUUCAGCCGGAACUGGCCGGAACUCAGUUCCAGCACCUCUCAGGUGGGUGCCAUUGCUGUUAUAAGAGAAGAAGGGAGGUGUUCGUGGUGAGUUCUGGCACCUCUUUUUCUAGAGAAAUAGCACUGGGUAUAAAUGUGCACAGAGAGCAGCAGGCUGUGCUUUUAGCUCCACCCUUGAUGUCACAUUUGGUAUUUGUUUCCUACUUGUGAGUAAGGGCUCUGCAUAAUCAAAAUACCAGCACAAUCAGAUGUCCUGAUGUGAAGAGCCCCCACUCAUUAGCAGUUGCUCAUACAUUGAACUUCCUCCUUGCAGAACUGAGGCCCACAUGUGGUGGAUGGGGCAGGGAGAUUCAAAGUCAACGCAGCAUUUAAUGCAUGGCCCUGCUUCCUACACAUGUAUUCCCUGUACACAAGUCAUGUGUGAAUAGGGCUACAGUCUCAACAUAAGGGCAAGGCAAGACCAUGCAGUUCUGUGGAUACAGCACUGAAUUGUCCUCUUUGGUGCUUUCUGAAGAGGAUCAUAGCUCAGUAGUAGAGCAUCUGCUUUACAUGCAGAAGGUCCCAGGUUCAGUUCCUAUCGUCUGCAGGUAGGACAAUGGGAGACCCUGGAAAGCCUCUUCCAGUCAGUGUAAAACAGUGACAAGGAACCUAUGGCCCACAAGAUGCUGUUGGAUUACAAGUCCCAUCAUCCCUGAUCAGUGGCCACGCUGGCUAGGAGGUGGAUGGGAGUCCAGCGACCUCUGGAGAGCAACAGCUUCCCUGUCAGUGCUGUAAGCAAUUCUCAACUCAAGGAACCAAGGAACUAAGUCAGCAGACACCAGAUUACUAGGUUCCUAAGCUGUCCAGCCUGUUCAAAAGCAUCCUGGCAAGGGAAUGCAUCCUGGUGAGGAGCCACUUUUGGUAAACCCUUUGCACUGAUGGGGGGGAAAUGCUUUCAUCUGGUGAACCCUGCUUCCAUUUUAUAUUGUUUUGUUUCAAUAUUGUUGUUUUAUUAUAGGAUUCUGAUGUGUCCGGAUUUUUGAACCCCCCCUUUAGCAGUGUUGGCUGGUAUUCAUUGGGACUGGUAGGGCAGAAGGCGGGCGGGCAACCGUAGGUGGAGCCAGAGCCAAUGACAGGGAAAGCCAGCUAAUUCUGGUUUUGUUCCCAUCCUCCUGCCUGAUGAGUUCUAAAAAGGCAAAACUGAGAUGGAGGAGGAGGAAGCUGACAGCCAGGGCCACCCCCUGGGCUGGUUUUGAGUAAGAGGCAUGCAGGGUAGGAGCAGGCUGAGGUUGGUGGGACAGUGCCCCAUUUGCCUUUAGAGACCACCCUCCGCUGCCCUUUAAUCUGUAUCCAAUCCAUGGUGUCACAGUAUUCCAAAUGAGGAUAUGCUACAGAAAUGUCAAGGUGGCAUAAAGCAAGUUGCAGAGAUGAUACAUGCCCGGCACAGGACUGUGAAUGUGUUCCCAUGCUGACUUCUCUGUCUUCUUCUAGGUGAUGUCCACAUUGGAAUGAUUGACAGGAAUGGACAGCUGGAGGUAGAAGUAAUAGAGGCCCGGGGACUCAGUCCAAAGCUAGGAUCCAAGUCCGUUCCCGGUGAGUAGUCACAUCAGAGAAGGCCAUAUGGAUAGAAAAUAUCAUGUAUGACAACUGGCAUGGAGCAAUUGGAUGUGGUUUGGGGAAAACAGAUUAGUGGACUAAAUUUGGUCCAUACACCAGAGAUAUCCCAUGGAGGAGUUAACUGAGUUGUUUCUAGUUGUUUACUUGUUUCAGAGUGCUAAACCUAGUCAUUAUACACCCUCCUGCCUCAUUUAGAAGUAGAAAGAAUAUGUAAAAUGGGGUUCAUGUUUGUAGUGAGGCAACUGAGAAUUAAUAUAUUCAGGUCUUCCUUUUGAGGAAAAAGUACAGGGAAAACUGGGUCUUUUCCAGUAACUUCUACCUCACUUAAUUUUUCCUUCCAAGAGUUUUACCAUCAUUAGUCUCACUAAGACACCCAAUUCACUCUAACAUAUUUUUUUAACUCUGAACAUACAGAUUAUUAUUAUAAAUAGUCUGACUUAGUAAGAGUGCUAAUAAAUGCUUAACAUUUAAUUAAUUCAUGAGAUGUUUUCAUAAAGUGCUAUUUGAUUAUAUUGUUGCCUAUCUGGCAGGUCCUUUUUAAUUCUGCCCCAGCUUCUACCUUUUUCUUUACCAGAAGGCUACAUUUUAUCUGAGUUUCCCUGCCACAGGAUAAUUUUGUUUAACCAUAAGGGCAAAUGAAAGUGCCUUAAUGUAAGAAUAAAGUCUCCCCUCAAGCCCUAUCCCCCAAAUCCCACAGAGACCUUAAAAGCGUUUCAUCUGCUAGACCACCUCAAAAACCAGCCCCGAGACAUGGCUGCCGUUAUAACAGGCCAUUCAUGUUUCUCUCUCUCUGCCAACGCAGCCACCUACAUCAAGGUUUAUCUGCUAGAAAAUGGCGCUUGCUUGGCCAAGAAGAAAACAAAGACUGCCAAAAAGACCUGUGACCCGCUCUACCAGCAGGCCCUACUCUUCGACGAGGGCCCUCAGGGAAAAGUGCUACAGGUGAUUGCUUUCCUCCUCUUUAAAGGGUAAGAGGAUCACUACCACAGCUCAUCUUCCCUCGGACCAAAUAUGUCCUGGUGGUACAUGAGGGAAAGAAUAUUCUAGAACCUUUGUAGGAGGGUAACCCAUUGGGGCACAGUGAAAGUUUCUGCUGAGGUAAAAUGCCCUGGUUAUGGGAAGGGGCUCAGUAGGUCUGUGUGGGCAUGUGGGAAGCAAUACAAAAGCCAGGGUGGUGUAGUGGGUAGAAUAUUGGACUAGGACCUGGGAGACCAGGGUUCAAAUUCCCACUCAGCCAUGAAGCUCACUGGGACCAGACCUUGGGAUAGUCACUGCUUCACAGGGGGGUUGUGGGGAUUAAAUGAGGAGCGGGGAGAAGUGUGUACACUAAAACCUCAAGACAAAGGAUUUGCUUCGGCAAAACCCCAGUUUUAGACAAGAGUGAAAAUACAUAAGGCAUGUUCAGGCAUUCACAAAUGCUGAAAGUGAAUGAGCAUUUCCUCAGUCCCUUAUCUUUCCCAGAGGUCUGCUUUCUCAGGGUCCCCCAAUGCAAGUGGAAGCUCCUUAUAGAUCUUCCCCACACAACAGGGGAACUGACAGCCUCUGUUCAGGGUUUCAGGGAAGGAACAUUUCCAGCUCUAUGUGGAGAAGUUGGGGAUUGAGCCUGGAAUCUUCUUGGUUGCAAGGUAGAUGCUCUACCAACUACGGUCCUUCUUGCAUAAAGCAGCCCUUUGGUUGACUCUGUAGGGAGGGAUUAAAAGGGAUAUAGUUUAUGAAUGUCAGCAAGUUAAAGGCAAUGGAGCUCAGGAUUGCUGGCUGUAUACAAAUUAUUAUUAUUAUUAAUUAGCCAUGCAUGUACUAUUCUAUUUCCUGCUUUCCUGUGUGUAUAAAUGUCCAGAAUCCAGUUCAGAUAUAAAGAAAUUAGAGGUGUCAUUUUAGAUUUCAUAUGGGGCCAAGGAGCUGAUGUUAAAAGCCUGCUCUUCAAUAUAUUCAAAAUAGAUUGCAGACAGAAAAGGAAAGGAGAGUAGCAUUAAGGGCUCAUUCAUACCUUUCGCCCCUGUGCUUUCUAGGCACAGUUGGCACAGGCUGUGCUUUAAAGUGCUGUGUCCUCCUCUUUAAAGCUGAAUAAGAACAAACAGAAAUUUGGUUUUUUGUGGAUUGCUGUUUGCUCUGAUUCAGCAGUAAAGAGUGGGCUUUCAUGGGGAAAGCGCCAGGGCAAAGACAAACCUGACAACAACAACGCUUGGACGUGGUGCUUUAAAGUAUACACUUGUGCCUGGAAAUGCGAAAUAAAAGGAAGUCUAGAUAAGCCCAAAGACUAUAUGUUUGUGGUUACAUUUUUAUACUUCAUAGUUGGCAUAGUAAUGUUAACCACAAAGGUCAAACAGUUGCACAUAUAUUCCCCAUUUUGGAACACAAGGAUUUAAUUGUUUAUUUAUGUAUAGAAUUUACAAGUUUACCUUUUGAUGGGAACAUCCUCAAGGUUGGCUAGCAGCUUACAAAAAUCAGUACAAAAAAAAUAGAAAAUAUAGUUGGUACGCAUGUCUAAUAUACUCCCAGUGCAUGUCUGCUCAUAAAUAGGGAUUUUGCUCAUUUUACCAAAUUCAGUAGUAGUAGUAGUAGUAGUAGUAAUAAUAGUAAUAAUAAUAAUAAUAAUAUGCUGCCCAUCUGACUGGGUUGCCUCAGCCACUCUGGGUGGCUCCCAGCAGAAUACUAAAAACCCAUUUCUGCAGGCGUGUGUAAUUCAUACAUUUUUGUGUGCCAUUUUCACUAAUAAGUGCAUUUUAUGCAUGCUUCCCUUAAUAUGCACAUUUUUUUGGUCACAAAAUCUGGAGAAGUGUUAAUUUCAAAGGACAGUUAUGUUUUGAUUUGCAUAUUAUUUCAGGAACUGCAGAUUAGGUAGUAACCUAACCAAAUGUCUCCCUAGUCAGUUCCACUGAACUCAUUGGGACUUACUCCCAGGUAAGUCAGUAUAGGAUUGCACAGCUUAAACCGCUUUUGCUGCAAUCCCUAUUCACGCUUGCCUAGGAAUAAAUCCCAUUGAAUGGUGUGACUCACUUCAGAGUGAAGAUGGAUAGGACUGUCCUGUGGAUUAUUUUGUCACUCAGCGGCUGUAUUGCACCUCACAGUAAACCGGGGUGAAUGGUUUAUCACUAUGCACAGAUCACUCCCACUUUGCUCCACUAGGGAUAAGGAGCAAAAAACCACAGUCCUUGGCUUAGUAUUACAUCUGAACCAGGGUUCAAACAAGCCAUGAUCUGAAGCUAAUGUUUGUUCUUGGCUUACCAAUCAUGGGUUGUUUGGAGCAAAACAAACCACAAUCCCUGGGUCAAAUGCAAUGCUUUUGGGGAAGAUCUUCAUGUUCUCUGUGAAGCACUAAUCAUGGUUUAGGAUGGUGUGCGAAUGCAUCCGAUGUGUAGAACUAGGGAGUUGGCUAGAAACAUAGGGGCUCCUAAGGAUUAAUCAUGUGGUCUGAAAAAGCAGGAGGCGGACAGAUUCCUUCCCAACUUCUCUAAGUGGCAUAUCUGAUAGGCAUCCCCAAUACCUUUUACUCCCCAUAGCAAAGUUCUGCUCACAGUUCAACUCCUCCUUUUCCUUCAUUGUAGGUGAUUGUUUGGGGAGAUUAUGGGCGCAUGGACCAUAAGUGCUUCAUGGGAAUGGCCCAGAUCGUUCUAGAAGAGCUGGACCUGUCCAGUGUGGUGACCGGUUGGUACAAGCUCUUUCCCACCUCCUCGCUGGCGGACUCCACCAUCGGACCCCUUACGCGACGUCUCUCCCAGUCCUCUCUAGAGAGUUCAAUAAGUCCUUCUUGCCCUUAAGGAUGGACUGGGAGGAAAGAAGGAAAGCAAAGGAGGAGACACCCUGCUCUGCCACAAAUUUGGUAGCAUGGUUUGUAAAUAUCCCAUGUCUUUCCCUCCCAUCACCCUUCCUUCUACUUCUUCACAGAGGGAAGACUGCUACCAACGAUUUUAGGCAUUCCCUCACUCACCCUGCAGGUAUGCGAUUAUAGGAAGAGAUAAUUCCAGAAUGUGGUGGGGGAGGAAUUAAAAGGAGAUGGGGGUGGGAGGAAAGGAACAUGUGAUAAAAGGCAAGUCAUGCGACUGGCUCCCCAUUUUCAAGACUGUUGCAUCACUUUCAAACAAAUUGCCUUUGAAAAGGAGUCACCCAUUUCUCACAUCUCUAAUGCAUUUUGGGGGACACAUCUCCAACCUGACUCAGUUAAUCCCAUUGCAACUAGCAUGUUAAUUGAAUAUGUUUCUUUCCUGCUCCAUAUUGUUUCAUUUCCAUAUCUUUGAAUGAGAAAGUAGAGCUUUUCUCAUUUUUGUUUAGAAAAAAAGAAAAAAGAAAGACUGACUGAAAUCAAGCACUAUUCAGCUUUUUAAAAAGGAAUGUAGCAUCUUCAGACAUUAUGUAGCCUGCCAUGUGCUCACAAAUCUCUCUGCAAUAUAUGGGCAGACAGUUUUCCUCCUGAAUUUCUGGGUGCAAGCCUUGGAAAUGUUGAGCAAGCAAUCAGAGUUUUGUUUGUCUUGCAUAUAAGGUGGGGGGGGGGGAAACAGGUGAUUCUGCCAAAGUUGUGAAGUGGGGGGGGGCUAUAAAUGGUGCAUUUGACAUGACUGUUAAGUUUAAAGCAUAUUAAGGUUCCUGUUUUGCUUUCUCAUCUUAUGAACAAUUUAAUUUGUUUCUCCUACUCCAACCAAGGCAUUAGCCUUUUGGCAUAAUCCAAUCUCUCAUCCAAGCCCCACUGGAAUUGUGGGGCUUGUGCAAGAGCCCAAUAGCGCUGCAUUGCUUCAGCUGAGAGAUGCACACAAGAUAAUGCCAGAGAUUGGUGUCCUUUGCAGUUUCAUCUUUGCAUGAUCUUUGUCUUUGCAUCUGGGUCCAGUUGGUAACCCAAGAGGCAGGAUGUCCAACCACUGGCAUUCAAAUAGAAGGUGAAACUUUCACUGGACAAGGUAGAAUAUGCCUCUUUGAAACCCUAUUGGUGGGCAUAUCUGAAUAGCACAUUGUGGUUUUCUCAUAAGGGUGAAUGUGGUUCUGUCAAUCUACUGUUUUGAAUUUAAAACGUUCUGGCUGCAAUCAUAAAUGCACUUACUAGGGAGUAAGUCCCCUCUGAAUUCCCAGUGGGGUUUUACACCUGUGUAAACCUGCAUGGGACUGGGUUAUUAGUUGUGUAUUCAUGUGUUCUUAAGUAGCAAUCUGGCACCCAAAGCAAGGGCCAGUUCCUGUAGCAAAACUGAGAAUUACAGCUUUUAAUGAAGGUGCCUACUAAAAUUUGAUGAAAAUACUCAGGGGAGAUACUACUGGAAAUCAUUAUUUCUUCUUCAUUAUUCCUAUGUUUUUUAAGUUUCACACUGACCGUAGUGUAGGAGAUCUAAAACAGAAGGACCCCUUGUCACUGCAGAAGCAAACAAGAAGUUUCGGGACAAUUUCUGCUUGCCAGGUAGCUGGAUGUUUCAUAUUCAAUCCAACAGUGCUCAAAUUGAGAUUUUUAAAGAAAUUAUUGUUAGUGGUAAGGAGCACAUUUCACAAAGAAAUUUCAUAA